AUGACGACGGUACAGGCUGCCACGGAACUGGCCGUGGAUAGUGAAAUCGAGCUCAAUGCGUCUCCUCUGGAGCCGUCUCCCAUGGAAGCAUCUCCCUUUGGAAGUGCUGGGUCCUGUCGCACUCCCGAUACGAAUAUUUCUGUACCGGAUAGUCCAGAUUCAAUGCAGAGUUCUGUCAGCAAAGACAGGCUCUGGGCAAGGAACAAGAUCGCCUCACUUACGCAGGAGGAAAAGAUCUCAUUGCUCACAGCAGCUGAUUUCUGGAGAACGAACGCAAUCACUUCCAAGGGCAUACCGGCGGCGAAAACGAGCGAUGGGCCUAACGGUGCUCGGGGCGGAAUUUUUGUUGGUGGUACAAAGGCUGCAUUAUUUCCUUGCGGUGUCUCGCUUGCCGCUACAUGGAAUCGGGAGCUGCUAUAUGAAGUCGGCCAGCACCUUGCUGUUGAGGCGAAGGGGAGAGCAGCCCACAUACUGCUUGGCCCAACCGUUUGCAUGCACCGUCACCCUUUAGGCGGCAGGAAUUUUGAGUCGUUCUCAGAGGAUCCACUUCUCACUGGGAAGCUGGCGGCGCAGUAUAUUCGCGGGCUCCAACAGAAAGGCGUUGCUGCCACCAUCAAGCACUUCGUUGGGAACGAGCAAGAGACGCACCGAUUGACGAUAGAUUCCCUUAUCCAGGAACGACCUUUGCGGGAAAUUUAUCUGAAACCGUUCGAGAUCGCCGUGCGGGAGGCCAAUCCAUGGGCCAUCAUGACAUCUUAUAAUCUGGUAAACGGCAUGCAUGCAGAUAUGAACACCCAUAAUCUGAGAGACAUUCUUCGUGGCGAAUGGGGCUACGAUGGAACGGUCAUGUCUGAUUGGGGAGGUGUGAACUCAAGUAUCGAAUCGAUUAGAGCGGGAUGCGAUAUAGAGUUCCCUUUCUCGACCAAGUGGAGGUUUGAAAAGGUCCUCGAAGCACUCAAGCAACGACAAAUCUCGCAACAAGAUAUCGACCAGGCCGCGGAGAACGUCUUGACCCUGGUUCAUCGAGUUAGAGAAGACGACAUGUCUGAGGAGAGACCAGAGCGGGAAGACAACCAGCCCAAAACUCGGGCUCUCAUCCGGGAGGCGGGUGCUCAAGGCUUGACGCUGCUCAAAAACGAAGGCGCGAUACUACCACUCGACCGGAAAAAGUCCAAGGUUGCUGUCAUCGGCCCCAACGCGAAUCGCGCAAUCGCAGGAGGUGGAGGCAGUGCGAGUCUCAAUCCCUAUUACAACACUUUACCUUUGGAAAGUAUCAAGAAUACCGCAGAACAGGAGGUGAUUUAUGCUCAAGGAUGUCAUAUCAACAAGUGGCUUCCUGUAGCAUCCCCAUUCUGCAAGACGAAGGAAGGCAAGCCCGGCGUGACGAUCGACUGGUUUGCUGGCGACAAAUUCCAAGGAUUGCCUGUGGUUAAUCAACGGCGGACGAAUACCGACUUGUUCUUGUGGGACUCUGCACCACUUGCUCAAGUUGGACCAGAAUGGUCAGCCAUUGCGACGACCUACCUGACCCCAAUGGCAACUGGAAAGCACACCAUCAGUUUCAUGAGUGUAGGGCCUGGGAAGCUGUACCUGGACGGCAGAGUUGUACUAGAUCUGUGGGAUUGGGCAGAAGAAGGAGAAGCGAUGUUUGAUGGCUCAAUCGACUAUCUUGUCGAUGUGAACAUGCAAGCUGGCAAGGCUGUUGAGCUCAAGGUGGAGAUGACCAACGAGCUGCGGCCGUUGUCGAAACAGAAGCAGUUCAACAUGACGCACAAAUAUGGCGGCUGCCGCAUUGGCUUCAAGGAAGAGGACAAGAUCAAUUAUCUCCAGGAAGCGAUUGAAGCGGCCAAGAAGGCCGACGUGGCGGUGGUGAUAGUGGGUCUUGAUGCUGAGUGGGAAUCGGAAGGUUACGACAGGCAGACAAUGGAUCUGCCCUCAGAGGGCAGCCAAGACCGGCUCAUUGAGGCUGUUCUGGCGGCCAACCCCAGGACCGUGGUGGUGAAUCAGUCCGGUUCGCCGGUGACGAUGCCUUGGGCUGAUGAGGUUCCUGCCAUUGUCCAAGCAUGGUAUCAGGGUCAGGAGGCCGGUAAUGCCCUGGCGGAUGUCUUGUUUGGACUGAAGAAUCCUAGCGGAAAGCUUCCGUGCACGUUUCCCCGCCGCAUCGAAGAUACACCUGCCUAUCAUAAUUGGCCCGGCGAAAAUCUCGAAGUGGUCUACGGUGAGGGCCUCUACAUUGGCUACAGGCACUACGAGCGCGCCCGCAUCACCCCACUCUUCCCGUUUGGCCAUGGUCUUUCCUACACAACAUUCGAAUACGGGCGACCAUCGCUGUCUAGCAAAUAUUUGACCGCAUCCGAACCUAUCUUUGUGAUCUUCGCUGUGAGCAACAUCGGAGAGGUUGACGGUUUUGAGACGGCCCAAAUCUACAUGAGCGAUGUCAAGUCUCGCCUGCCCCGUCCAGAAAAGGAGCUUGUGGCUUUUGAGAAGGCCUGGGUUGAGGCGGGCGAAACGAAGCAUCUUCGGGUUAGGAUUGACAAGCACGCUGUCGGAUACUAUGACACGAGCUUGAAAGCGUGGGUUGCCGAGGAGGGCACCUUUGAGGUGCUUGUUGGCGCUUCCAGCGUCGAUGUCAGACGAAAGGUCUCAUUUGAGGUGAAGGAGUCGUUCACUUGGAUAUUUUAA